AUGGGUUUCUUCAGCAAGCUUCGACGUUCCGAGCAGGAUGGGUUGAAAACACUACCGGGACCAGGCGGCAUACCCGUUUUAGGAGCUUCACCGCAGCUAGGAAAGUACGCCAACGUCUGGGACGGUUUCAGCGCUCUCAAUCACAAGUACGGAGAUCUUGUCGGUGUCCAGAUAGGCAGCAGGUAUUGCCUCGUUGUCAGAAGCGCGGAGUACAUCCGAGAGAUACUAGUGACGAAAGCGAACCAAUUUUCCAACCGGCCGGACUUCGCGCGCUUUCACGCUAUUUUCCGAUGGAAUCGAGACCUCUCGGUUGCUCUCUGCGACUGGUCGUCGAAGCAGAAGACACGUCGCGAUAUCCUCUAUCCCCCUCUUCAUCCGAAAGGGGGGAGCUGUAUGCAGAUGAAGCUCUGCUCGGCGGUCGAACAGCAAUUCGGAUUACUGCUGGAUAAAUUGAAGGAUUCCAACGGUGUCCCCGGUUCUCCUCGGGACAGUCUGCUGCGCGCCACGGGCAACAUUUUCUACGAGGCAAUCUGCAGCACAACGUUCGAUUGGUCCGAUCCGGAAUUCGGGAAGGUUGCGGACCUCUACAACGAAGUGUUCUUCGAGCUGUUCCAAGGCUACGCCAUAGACUUCAUGCCGUGGCUGAAACCUCUCUAUGCGAGUCGACUCCAAGGCUUAUUUCAACUCGCCGCAACCGUCGCUCGCUUCACCGCGGUCAUGAUCGAAGAACACAAACGCACAUACGAGAGCUAUGAGGAUUCCCCCCGAGACUUGCUCGAUAUCCUCCUUCUUCAUCUCCGUAACAAUAAAAAAGAUACUUCUAAGGACGCAAUCGAUCACAUCGAUGUCGACGUUAUCAUCGAUGAUCUCGUCGGGGGCUUCCCCGUGGUGACGAACAUGAUGAUGUGGGGCCUAACGAUGAUCGCGAAUGAGCCGGACGUGCAAGAAAAAUUAUUCGAGGAGUAUCAGUCCGUCGUCGGGAACGGUGUUCCCGACAUGGCGAACAGGACUGAGCUCAUAUACAGCGAGGCAGUUAUGUACGAAGUUCUGCGUAUCGUUUGCUCACCGAUCAUACCGCAUGUGGCCAAUGAGGACACGGAAAUUCAGGGUUAUCGCGUCCCGAAAGAUACCAUGGUCAUGUUCAAUACGUGUGAUCUGAAUUUCAAUCCGAACCAUUGGGAUGAACCCGAAAACUUCAAACCAGAAAGAUUCAUCCAGGACGGAAAAAUUCUGAAACCCGACUUUUUCCUCCCCUUCGGGACUGGGAAACGCUCCUGCAUGGGGGAUGGAUUCGUCCGACACAUAGUCUAUCCUGGAUUCAGCGCCAUUUUCGGUAACUUCCGUGUGAGUUUGGCUCCCGGUACGGACCCCGUGGAUUUCCUCCAAGCGCGCGGGAAAGUUCUCAUGGACAAGGAACCGCAACUAGUUUUCGAGAGUCGGAAUUGAUCUACAAUACAUACGUUUGCCAUAAUAUUCUUGCGAUUCACCGAUGUUGCUAUCGAAUCUGUGAGCGUGUCGAAAAGGCGAGAUUCACCCCCUGACCUGAUUUUAGUAUAAACAUACAAUUUUACUGAGGGUGAGCGAAAACCGAUCUCCUUCUUA